AUGUACGCCACAGGCUACUCCCUCCGCUUCCCGCGCAUCGUGCGCGCGCGCUACGACCUGAGCCCGGCUGGCGCCUACAGCGUGCAGCGCCUGGAGCGCACUGUCACAGAGUGGCGCGGCUGCCUGCGCUCCCACCAGGACGCAAAGGCCGGCGGCCGCGGCGGCCAUGGCCACGGCCACGGCGCCCGCAGGGGCGCGCGGCGCGGCGGCGGUGCGGAGGCGGAGGCGGGGGCCAAGAAGGCGCGUUCGCUGGUUCCGCGCCACCUCAUGCCCUCGGACGUGUCGGACGUGGCGGUGGCGAACGACCUGCUGCACGGCCGCCGCAUUGCGGUCCUCAACGCCGGCCGCCGCGGCGCGCCGCCCUCUGAGGCCGCGGCCGCCAAAGAGGAGGCGUCGCGGCUCGUGGCGCGCCUGGGGGGCCGCCUCGUCGCCGCGCCCAGGGAGCCGGGCGACCUGUACGUCGCCUCCCACCGCGACCACAAGCCCGACGCGCUCGCGCUGGCGGAGGAGCGGGGCCGCCUCGUGUUUGACGUCGUCAGCAUCGACUGGCUGCAGGCCUGCGAAACCGCGCGGCAGCUGCUACCCAUAAAGCCGGCCCACUAUUUCUUCCUGAGCCAUGCAACGCGCAUGGCGCAGGCGGCCGAGAUUGGGGUGCAUGGGGACCCCCUCACGCGCGACGUCGACGCCGAUGACAUGCGGCAGGGCGCGCGCCACCGCCACCAUCGCUCCCUCGUUAAGGCCCGCCGCCACCGCCCCGCGCCACGCGGCCGGCCGCAGCACGCGAAGCUGCGGGGCCGGCGGCAGCGCGGCGGCGGCGGCGCGGCCGUCGGACUGGCGGUCGCGGCGUCGUCAUUGCCUGCGGCGCUGGACGCGGACGUUUUGCUGGGGCUUGCCCCCAGGGAGGGGGCGGACGCUGCAGCGCUGGCGGGGCCGGGCGAUGGACGAGGCGGUGACGAUGACGUGGCGCUUGACCUGAUGGUCCCCAGCAUUGAGCGGGCGCUCAGGGAAAUGGGCCCGAGGGGCGGCGCCACCCACGCCGCCGCCGCGCGCGCGUCGCUGCUGCUCGGCUGCCACAUCGUGUUCGUGCGCUGCCCCGUCAGCAUGAAUGCGGCGGGCGGCGCGGGCGGCGGCGCGGCGGGCGAGGCUGGCGGCGGCGCUGCGGGCGGGGACGCGGGAGGGGUUGGCGGGCUAGGCGAGCGGCGGCGGCCGUGGGAGACGCGGUGGGAGCGCGAGCCGCUGCUGGCGGGCUGCGGCGCGCUGGUGGCGCGCGCGGACGCGUGCCUGGCGCGCGGCAUGGAGGCGCAACUCGAGGGUCUGAAGACGCAGGUGGGUGGGUGGGCUGAUGGAUGGCAGGAGGGUGGGCAUUAG